AUGUCCGGGACGAACCCAGGUCUUGGAGGGGUCUCUCAAGCCACGCCUCUGCCAGAUGUGCUGACCACUGAGCAGUUGAAGGCGUUGGUCCCAGGAGGUGACGAGAUGGAUGAUACUGCUAUAGAAUUGCUGAAGAGAAUGGGAAAUGACAUUUUGGAUAAAAUAUUGUCCGAUGCGGCCUCGGUGGCGAAGCGAAGGAAAGAGGAGACGAUUUCGUUGUCUAGUCUAGAGUACGCCUUGGAAAGGGAAUGGGGCAUUAGCAUCCGAGAGGAGUCCUCACCGUUCUACUGCGGAGAAAGGACGGAGGAGAAAACGGAGCCGCAAGAGGAUACGAAAGAAAGUCAAGGCGUCAGUCGGGGAUGA